AUGUCGAAGGCCAUAUCCAUCCUUGCUGUGGACAAGGAGCAGGAGCUGCUGCAGAGCUUCCUCCGCACAGGAGCGGCGGCGGAGGAGGAGUCGCAGGAUGAGGCCAACAGGCGCUCCAAGGGUCGCUCCCACAAGCCGCCCAUCUGGGAGCGUCGCGAGUCCACGGAUCGCGGUGGGCGUGGUGGCGGACGGGAUGGCAAGCAGGCGGACGAUGGAGGAGCAGGCGGAGGGGCAGGAGGCGACGGGCAGGGUGGCAAGCGGGGCAAUCGGAUCGAGGCCGAACUGAGGGCCGCCCGCAAGCGGAUCGAGGACCAGAUCGCCAAGAAGAAGAAGCCCAAGGAGAACUUCGUCGACUUCUACACGGACAAGGAUCGGGCGGCGGCCGUCAGCGCAGGAGCCUUCGACAUCAAGCAGAGUCUGCAGAUCAAGCAGAAGCAGGACCGGAACGAGGCCCUGCUCAUCCCCGACGAGGCGGACAUCAGCUCGGUGAUCGCACUGGGCCUCAAGGAGAUCAAGAACGCCAAUCCCGAGAAUGCCAUACACUUUUUCUGCAAGGCUCUGGAGCUAAAUAGUACCGACAUCAACGCUUUGAUUUCGCGUAGCAAGUGCUAUCUGCUGCUGGGCGAGGCUUCCAAGGCGCUGCAGGAUGCGGAGACGGCUCUUGGGGAGGACAAGAACAACAUUCGGGCCAUCUACCAAAAGGCCGAGUCGCUGUACUACCUGGGUCAGUUCGAGCAGAGCCUGAUGUUCUUCCACCGCGGCCUGAGGGCUCGUCCGGAGUUGGCCCUAUUCCGCCUGGGCGUACAAAAGACGCAGGAGGCCAUCGAGAACACGAUCGGCAGCAAGCCAGGUCCGGUGGCCGGAGCGCCUUCCGCUCCUGCACCCAAGAGCGGCAAGUCACGGAAGUCCGGCGAGGAGACGCCGAAGUCGCAGGCGGCGGGCGCAACAGGAGCCAGUGCCAGGAUUCGCCAGAAGCCCAGUCGAGCGGACUUGGAGCGGCGCAACGCGCGCAAACUGCUGGGCGAACUGUGCGUGGACAAGGAGUACCUGGAGAAGCUCCUACUGCAUCCGGACUUGGUCCGAGCGGACACCCACACGGAGAGUAUAUCCGCCUACGCCCGCGAGGCGGUGGAGUUCCUUAACAAGCGACAGGAAUUCUGGCGCCAACAGCGUCCUUGCACCGCACUGCCCAACCACAAAAAUCUGCCCCAUGACGCACUGCCCAAGUGGUUCUAAUGGUUACGGCUAUCCUUGGGACAUCGCUGUUGAGUUUUUGUUUGAGUUGAGCCAGAUUGAUGAGCUAAAAUUAAACGAAGUAUAUGAAAAAAUAAGGUACAUUGAAUAAAUUAAUGUUUGGCGGGUCAUCUAGAACCAUAAAUGUUAUAUUUUGUAUAUAGUUUCAUCAAAGUUUGAAUG